AUGGCUGCGGUUGACGAUUUCCCUGCGCUUGUGCCACAUCAUUUCCUGACACCUCCACCACUGCAGGAUGAAUUGACGACUCAAACCUCAGAAGCACAGCAGAAGACCUUAGAGGAGUGCUUACCAUUGCUUCGCGCGGCCGGCGACCCAACUCGCAGCCCCUUUGACUUCAAUGAGUUUGGCCUACCUGAGCUGCGGAAAGAGGACCAUAUUGAUUUUCUGCACGAGAACCUGUCUGUGUUCCCAGCCCCCUAUGUCGGAUUGGAUGCUAGCCGGCCAUGGCUCGUUUACUGGGGCCUGAUGGCUUUGUAUUUCUUGGGUGAAGAUGUCAUGCCUAUGCGGGAGAGGGUGAUGUCAACAUUCUAUCCCCUGCAGAAUAGGAGUGGUGGGUUUGGAGGUGGCCAUGGCCACGAUUCACACCUCGCUACUACGUACGGUGCCCUGUUGAGCAUAGCUCUUGCCGGCGGCGAGAGCGCAUAUCGAAUGAUUGACCGCCGAGCGAUGUGGCAUUGGCUUGGCCGAUUGAAGCAAGCGGAUGGGGCUUUCCAGAUCUCUGAGGGAGGCGAGAAAGAUACGAGAGGCGCAUAUUGCGCCCUGAUUGUCAUAUCCCUGCUGUCGCUACCAAUCGAACUUCCACCCGACUCCCCCGCUCGAGACGCCGGGCUCAAGACAUUCAAUGACAGACUGGGAACAUACAUUUCCCGAUGUCAGACGUACGAGGGCGGAAUUUCCGGGACUCCUGGUAACGAGGCACACGGUGCCUAUGUCUUUUGCGCUCUCGGCUGCCUUUGCCUUCUAGGACCGCCGGACAAGACUUUGAGACGUUAUCUAGAUCUGGAUGCUCUGAUUUACUGGAUGUCCUCCCGUCAGUACGCACCUGAAGGAGGUCUUGCAGGUCGGACGAACAAGCUUGUUGAUGGAUGCUACAGUCACUGGCUCGGUAACUGCUGGCCCUUAGUUCAAGCGGCACUCAGUGGAAGUUCUUCAAACGAUGGUCACGGCGUGAAUCCAGGAGCAGGCGAUCUGUAUAGCUCCGAGGGCCUCGCACGCUACAUCAUAUGCUGCUGCCAAGCUACUCCAGGCGGAUUGAGAGACAAGCCUUCAAAGCGACCGGAUUCUUACCAUACUUGUUACACACUGUCUGGUCUUAGCACAACCAAGCACUUCCACUAUUACCAGGCGUCGGACGAGAUCAGUCAAUUUGACAGCGCAUUUUCGUGGAGGGUGGCCGAAAAGCGUACCAGCCACUCCGAGUCCAAUCCAGCGGCUUUCGACGACGGUACGGACGUGAAGCCGAUGCACCCGGUUUUUGCCAUUCCUCAUCAUUCCGUAGAAGGGCUACGCCAGUGGAGUGGGCAGCAACCCUGGUAG